AUGCUGUUCGAAGACCUCGCUACCGAGCUGGUGAUCCAGAUCAUGUUCUCCUGCAGCUCUAUCAACGACGUCCUCGCGCUGUCAACAACAUGUCGUCGCUUCCGCAACAUCUCGCUUUGCUCCCAACGGCUCGCCAUUCUCGAGCACGCAGCGGAAGCCCAAUAUGGCCCUCUGUUGGACCUCACGCAGCUCCUCACCCACAACUCGAGUCAGCCGGCGCACGUUAUCCGCACCGUUCCCUUCUCCCUCGCCUUGCUCAAGCAGAUGGUGCAUGCUGGCCGCGUUGCCACCAAAUGGUGCGACAUCUACCCGUUCAAGAAAUGGAAGCACAACUACGAGCACCGGCGUCUCCUCACCAGCGAAGAACGCUAUCGUCUGCGGCGAGCCAUCUACCGCACCUGGCUCUACUCGCGCGCCUUCCACAACGCCCUCCACCCCCGUGAAUCCCGCGUCACACGCCCCGUGAUUCAAAAGCGCGCCGCUCUCCUGCACAACUGGUCGACGCUCGAGAUCAGCGAAAUCGCAGACACGGCCGCCGUAAUGCGCCAAGUGGUCCAGAACAACAUUUGCCCCAGCAACGGCACCAUAGCGCGCAAGUUCAACAAGCGCCACCCCAACAACGACCACUCCCUCCUCUUCAACAUUCACCUCAACUACCCGCCUCCCGCACCCAGCCACGCAGCAUACAACCCCUUCAACAACCAAACCCCGUCCACAAACCUCUGGAGCCGCUUCAACAGCACUCCGACAUACACAUCGCGCUACGCCUCGCCCGCGAGCAAGUUCGCCCUGCACCCCGGCCACGAAGUCGGCGCAGAGGGCUGGGGCGACGAUAUAAGCCACUACUACGUCAUCGAAGACUACAUGAAGCUUGAUCCAGAGCAGGUCCUGUGGCUCAAGGAAAACGCGCCGCUCAAGGGCAUGGUCGAGGGCUAUGUGAGGCUGCUGGGCGGGUGGUUCGAGAACAAUGGCGCUACGCUGGGGCAGACGAUGGAUUGGGUCUUGGACGAGCGGGGGGAGAGCGUGUGCGAGUUUUCCGACGCGGUCGCCGAGGGGAGGUUGGGUGUUGCGGUUAUGCGGGAGUGA